UCAAUAUGGCCGCGGCGAGUACUCAGGAGCCUUAAUUUUUUUACAUAAUAUUCGUAUUAUUAACACAUUCAGGUGUAUUGAAUUAAUAAAAAAAUUUGGGUGAAUUCAUUUGUGAACGUGUUAAAUUUAACACAAAAAUUUUUUACUGCGUAUUUCAUAAUUAAAAUCUCGAUAUGUCAAAGAAAUAUAAAUCUCAUAUUCUCAAAGUUGAGAGCGUUCUAUCUUAGACAGUCCACACACAUAUACGCGCGUGCGCGCGCGUACGCACGCAUAUGUAACUGUUCUCUCUGUCCUUGAUGUGUUGAUAUACAGAAAACGGAAUUUUAAUAAGAGUUCUGUGGUUUUCCAAUAUAUACACGAUAGAAAUUUUAUCGUUUUCUAUGCAAAUACUGUUGGAAAAAUUCUACGCGUUUCUUUUCUACAUGUAGAAAUCGUUAUUCGUAUCGUAAUCGUCACUUGGCUCAAAUGGCUUCACCGCAAAGAUUAGUGCCUACGCUGAAGUAUCUCUCACCUCGGCCAUUGAAAAGUGCUAUAUCAAGCAUCAGAACACCUUCAAGUCCAAAAACUCCAAGGAGCAUUCAGGAGAAAAGGGCGGAAAAUGAAAGGCUAUUGUCACCGUUUAGUAUCGAUACACCUAAUAGAGUCAAACUGCUCGAGGAUGGUCUACCGAAGAAACAUCGCCCUGUGCUUGGAACGGGUGCUUUCGGUACAGUCUACAAGGUGCUCUACAAAGGAGACCAAGUAGCAGUCAAAAUCAUUCCACGAAAACAAAACGACGAUGAAGUAAUAAACUCUGAGAGACAUGCGACUGUUCUGCGACACGCUAAUAUCGUAAAAAUACUGAGCGUAGAACAGGGCAGUAGCUUGUCGUUAAUAACAAUGGAAUUGUGCGGCACGUCGUUGCAGGACAGGCUGCAGGAAUCAGCUCUGCCAAAAGAAGAGCGUGUUUCUAUUUGGAGAGACAUUGCUAGCGCGCUUCAAUUCUGCCAUGAUUCCGGCGUGAUACACGCAGAUGUCAAAGCAACCAAUAUCCUAAUGGCAACUAAUGGUCAAGCUAAGCUCAUCGACUUUGGUAGUUCUCUAUUGGUCGACGAACCGCACGUUUCAAACAGGCCGCGAGGCACACCAGGCUACACGGCACCGGAAGUGCUCCGAGGAAACGUACCUACAUUCGCCAGCGACAUCUAUUCACUUGGAAUUGUAGCCUGGCAAAUGCUGGCUCGAGAAGUACCUUUCCAUGGAUUACAUAUCCAUACCAUUAUAUAUAUUUCUGUAAAAGGAACACGUCCUAAAGAUGAAACUCUCGACGACGAGUUUGCUGGAAGAUACAAGGAACUAUUUAGAGCGGCAUGGUCACAGAAUGUUACAGAUAGACCCUCACUUGAUGAAAUAAUCAAUAGACUUGAUCUCUUGUAAUCAAUAUUAAACAUUUAUUUAAUCAAAUUUGAAGCUUAUAGAAAAUCUUAUUUACGAUAAGUAGCUAGAUUUAGUGCUUAAUCAUAUUUUAUUGGAAUAGAAAUAAUUCGAUGAGCUUGGGAUGAUAAUUCAAAAAUCAGUUUUACGUUUCUGGCAUCUCGCCACCAGGCACCAACUGUAAUAAAAUAAAUAAAUUAUGAAAGUUUA